UAUAUUUUAGUAAAAGCAGGGGUGCAGAAGCAGGGUGUAAAACUAAAAUAGCCUCCAGAAGUUCUAAAGUAUCUGGUCCAACUAUUAAAAGCAGCCCAAAAGCCCAAUGAUAAUACGACGCCGUUCCUCAUUCUCUCUCUCUGGUUGUUUGUUGUUAUGAAAUGAUAGUCUGUAAACUCACUCCGAAGUGAAGGAAAAAAAAGGAGUUUGAGGAGAGAGAAAGAGAAAUGAGCAUAUCGACGGCAGCGUACGUUGCUCGGCGCGCGGCGCAGAAAGAAAAGGUUCGGAUUCUGUAUAGGCGCGCCCUUAAAGACACUCUCAACUGGGCCGUUCAUCGCCAUCUAUUCUACGACGACGCUUCUAACCUCCGUGAUAGGUUCGAGCAAAACAGACACGUGGACGACCCUGAUACGAUUGAUAGGUUGAUAGCAGAUGCUGAAGCUAGCUACAAUAAGUGGCGCCAUCCUGAUCCUUAUAUUGUUCCUUGGGCACCUGGUGGCUCCAAGUUUACUCGCAACCCAGCUCCACCCCAGGGGAUUGAGAUAAUUUAUGAUUAUGGUCGUGAAGACAACGACUAAAACCUUUUUUGUCUUCUUCUUUUGCCCCUUGUGAUAAAUAAAGGCUUGCAAUCAAAUUGUUCUGUAUUACUAGAUUGUGGAUUGAAUCACCUUCAUUUACUCGUAUGUGAUAUAAAUUGAACAGUUGAUACCAGAUUGAGUCCAUGCUUAUGAUGUUGAAGAUAUUUAAUCAUUGAAUGUGUUAAAACUGUCAUUGGUAUUUGUUAGUCAUGAUAGUAGUUUUUAAUAAACAAAACUUGUUGCCUAAA